AUGGCCGCCAAAAAACCCAACAUCCUCUAUAUCAUGGCCGACCAGAUGGCCGCCCCUCUGCUGGCCUUUCAUGACAAGAACUCUCCCAUCAAAACCCCCAAUCUCGACCGGCUGGCCGACGAAGGCGUCGUCUUUGAUUCCGCCUACUGUAACUCGCCGCUGUGCGCCCCCUCGCGCUUUGUGAUGGUGACCGGCCAGCUGCCCUCCAAGAUCGGCGCGUACGAUAACGCCGCCGACCUGCCCGCCGACACGCCCACCUACGCGCACUAUCUCCGCCGCGAGGGCUACCACACCGCGCUGGCCGGCAAGAUGCACUUCUGCGGCCCCGACCAGCUGCACGGCUACGAACAGCGCCUCACCAGCGACAUCUACCCGGGCGACUACGGCUGGUCCGUCAACUGGGACGAGCCCGACAUCCGCCCGGACUGGUACCACAACAUGUCCUCCGUCAUGGAGGCCGGCCCCGUCGUGCGCACCAACCAGCUCGACUUUGACGAGGAGGUCAUGUAUAAGUCCACCCAGUACCUGUACAACCACGUCCGCCAGCGCUCCGACCAGCCCUUCUGUCUGACCGUCUCCAUGACCCACCCGCACGACCCCUACGCCAUGACCAAGGAGUUCUGGGACCUCUACGAGGACGUCGACAUCCCGCUGCCCACCACGCCCGCCAUCCCGCACGACCAGCAGGACCCGCACUCGCAGCGCGUCCUCAAGUGCAUCGACCUCUUCGGCAAGGACAUGCCCGAUGAGCGCAUCCGCGCCGCCCGCCGCGCCUACUACGCCGCUUGCACCUACGUCGACUCCAACGUCGGCAAGCUGCUCAGGUUCCUCGACGACUGCGGCCUCCGCGACGACACUCUCGUCGUCUUCACCGGGCGACCACGGCGUCAUGCUCGGGGCUCCGCCCGCGUGCCCAUGAUCGUCCACGCCCCCAACCGCUUCGCCCCCAAGCGCGUGCCCCAGAACGUGUCCACCAUGGACCUGCUGCCCACCUUCGUCGACCUCGUCGGCGCCCAGCUCAUUCGCGAGCUGCCGCUCGACGGCGUCUCGCUGCUGCCCUACCUCACCGGCGACGACGCCGACGGCCCGAAGACCGACACCGUGCUGGGCGAGUACAUGGCCGAGGGCACGCAGUCGCCCGUCGUGAUGAUCCGCCGCGGCCGCUGGAAGUUCGUCUACUCGCUCAUCGACCCGCCCAUGCUAUUCUAUCUGGAGUCCGACCCGCGCGAGACCGUCAACCUCGUCGCCGGUCUGACCGUCCCGACCGCAGCUCCCGCUCCGGCACCCCCGGUGAAGACUCUAGCGGCGCCAACCCCCACCGGCCCAACGGCCCUCCCCACGCCCGCCGACUCGCCCAGCGGCUCGCCCGCGCCGCAGCGCAACGGCACCGCCUUCCCGUUCCCGCGCGCCCCGAGCCCGGCCAAAUCCCUGGCCCACGGUCUGCCCGCGACCACCGAGCCCGCCAAGCUCCUCGCCCAUUUCACGGAGGAGGUGCACGCGCGCUGGGACCUGGAGGCGAUCCGCGACGACGUGCUGCGGUCGCAGCGCCGGCGGCGGCUGGUGUACUCGGCGCUGAUCAAGGGCACGCCGUCGAUCUGGGACUACGAGCCGCGCAUCGAUCCCAGCACGCAGUACGUGCGCAACCAGGGCAAGGGGGCGCUGGACGAUGUGGAGUUGAUUUCGCGGUGGCCGCGUGUGUUGCAGCAGGCUGCGACGGCGCACGGGUUGUAG